UUUCUCUCUCUGUAUAAUAACCUAACCUAGAACUUGAAGGAACAAAAACAAAAGAAAUAUGGAUGUUGAAGACCCACAAAAAUUAGCAACAGAAAAAACUCCAAACCCUAACACCGAAGACGAUCUAGAAGAAGGAGAGAUCGUUGCAGGAGGAGAUGACGACUCAUCGUUAAAGAAAUCAGUUUCUUUACCAUACCAGCCUCACCCACUUGAACAUCAAUGGACUUUCUGGUUCGAUAAUCCAUCUGCCAAAUCCAAACAUGCCAGUUGGGGUAGCAGCCUGCGCUCCAUCUUCACUUUUUCUACUAUUGAGGAGUUUUGGAGUGUUUACAACAAUAUACAUCACCCGAGCAAGCUGGCUGUUGGAGCAGACUUUCAUUGCUUCAAAGAUAAAAUUGAGCCAAAAUGGGAGGACCCUAUUUGUGCUAAUGGAGGGAAGUGGAGUGUAACUCUUAGUAAAGGAAAAUCUGAUACUUUUUGGUUGAAUACGUUGUUGGCAAUGAUUGGAGAGCAGUUUGAUCAUGGAGAUGAAAUUUGUGGAGCAGUGGUCAAUGUGAGGGCUAGGCAGGAAAAGAUUGCUAUCUGGACUAAGAAUGCUUCAAAUGAAGCUGCUCAGGUGAGCAUUGGAAAACAGUGGAAGGAGUUUCUCGAUUACAAUGAGACUAUUGGGUUCAUAUUCCAUGAUGAUGCGAAGAAAGACAGAAAUGCCAAGAAUCGCUACUCAGUAUGACUUGUAGAGUCUUUUCUUGAAAGGUGCAUGUUAAGCGGAUGCUUCGUAAUGCAGGACCCGGCAUGGUAGAAGUUUAGAUGCAUAUUAGGGUUCUGGAACUUUUGAUUGACUUUUUGUGUUUGCCUGGUCUGCAAUAAUUUUAGUUGUACAACACCAGCUUCAUCUUCUUCCUUCUUUUUAUUAUUGUUUUAUGUUUUGAGUUUGA